CUGGAGUGGUCGCCGUGCGCACUGGCCUCGGGCUUCUUCCCCAGAAGGACUGGAGAACCCACGGGGGGUGGGUUCUUCGCGAGAGUGAGGAGGGGCUGCCCCCGUGCCCUGGGAACGCCCCCCACGUACACACAGGUGGCUGGAGGUUUCUCUCGCCCAGGCUGGGGUCUCUGCCCUAUUGCCUUCUCCUCAGCCUGCUCACAGGCCUUCAAAGGGUGGGAUUGCCCACUGGCCUUGCGGUUCUCCUGCCUGUGCUGCUCGGAAGCUACCAGUGAGCUCUGGUGACCAGGCAUUGAUGCACCCCCAGGGAGGCCGCACACUCGAGGAGGCCACCCCCCCUGGCUGCUGCUCACAUGGUUUCUGGGCCCCUGGCACUCCGGUGGUGCGUGUGGGCAGGGCGCGGGGACAUGGGGCCCGACAUGGAGCUGCCCAGCCACUCCAAGCAGCUCCUGCUGCAGCUGAACCAGCAGCGCACGCAGGGCUUCCUGUGUGACGUCAUCGUCAUGGUGGAGAACGCCGUCUUCCGCGCCCACAAGAACGUGUUGGCCGCCAGCAGCGUCUACUUCAAGUCCCUGGUGCUGCAUGACAACCUCAUCAGCCUGGACACGGACAUGGUCAGCUCCGCGGUGUUCCAGCAGAUCCUGGACUUCAUCUACACUGGCCGCCUGCUGCCCGGUGAGCCGCCGGCUGAGCCCAACUUCAGCACGCUGCUCACCGCCGCCAGCUACCUCCAGCUGCCUGAGCUGGCGGCCCUCUGCCGGCGCAAGCUCAAGAGAGCUGGCAAGCCCUUCGGCUCUGGGCGGGGCGGCGCCGGCCUGGGGCGGCACCCCCGCAGCCAGCGGCUGUCUACGGCCUCAGUCAUCCAGACCCGCUACCCAGGCCUUGUGGACGGGCGCAAAGGGGCCCAUGCCCCCCAGGAGCUCUCCCAGGCCAAAGGCUCCGACGAUGAGCUCUUCCUGGGCGGCUUGAGCCAGGAGGGCGCGCACGGCCUGGGCCGGCCCAUCUGUCCCGGCAGCGGGGAGGCCGGCCUGGGCGGCUGCAGUACCAACGGGGCCGGCGGCAGCUGCGAGCAGGAGCUGGGCCUGGACUUGUCCAAGAAGAGCCCCCCGCUGCCCCCUGCCACCCCCGGGCCCUCCCUCACCCCCGACGACCCAGCCCAGCUGAGCGACAGCCAGGAGGGCUCGCCCCUCUCGACCUCCGCCCCUCCCGUCGCCAACAGUGCCUCUUACACCGAGCUGGGGGGGGCCCUCAGUGAGCCCAUGGAUCUGGAGGGGGCAGACGACCACCCGCUGUGCCUGCUGGAGGGGCCGGGCGGGCCACCGCCCCGCAAGAGCCUCCGGCACUCGGCCCGCAAGAAGGAGUGGGCCAAGAAGGAGCCCGCGGCCGCCUCCCCAUUUGAGCGGAGGGACGUGGCGCCCAAGGGCCCGUGCCCGGGGGAGGAGGCCGAAGGGCUGGGCGACAGGGUCCCCAACGGGCUCCUGGCCGGCAGCGCGGCGGCUGGCAGGCCCUUCGGGGAGCCCCCUCACGCCUGCAAGGAGGAGGAGGAGAACGGCAAGGACGGCAGCGACGACAGCGCGCAGAGCGGGAGUGAGGGCGGCCCGGCCGGCGCGCCCUACGUGUACCGGCAGGAGGGCUUCGAGCCGGUUCCCUACGGCGACAACCUGUACGUGUGCAUCCCUUGCGCCAAGGGCUUCCCCAGCUCGGAGCAGCUCAACGCGCACGUGGAGACGCACGCGGAGGAGGAGCUGCUCCUCAAGGAGGAGGGCGGCGCCUACGAGACGGGCAGCGCGGGCGCCGACGAGGAGGCGGAGGACUUGUCGGCGCCGAGCGCGGCCCUGGCGGCCGGGCCGCGGCCCUUCAAGUGCUCGGCCUGCGAGAAGACCUACAAAGACGCGGCCACGCUGCGGCAGCACGAGAAGACGCACUGGCUGGCGCGGCCCUUCCCGUGUGGCAUCUGCGGGAAGAUGUUCACGCAGCGCGGCACCAUGACACGCCACAUGCGCAGCCACCUGGGCCUCAAGCCCUUCGCGUGCGGCGAGUGCGGCAUGCGCUUCACACGCCAGUACCGCCUCACCGAGCACAUGCGCGUGCACUCGGGCGAGAAGCCCUACGAGUGCCAGCUGUGCGGGGGCAAGUUCACGCAGCAGCGCAACCUCAUCAGCCACCUGCGCAUGCACACCUCCCCCUCCUAGAAGCCAAAGACCCUGGCGGGCCCCUCCCCCCCACACACAGCUUUAAUCCACGGUCCUGCCGCCCACCCGGCCCGCAGCCCCGGAGCCGCCACGGGGUCUGCACGCCGGGCGGGGCGGCGCUGCGGGGCCGGCCUGGCUCUGCGGGGGGCGGUGCCGGAGGGAGGGGUCCGCGCCUUCCCUCCCCGAGCCAGGGGUCACCGCUCAGUGGCGCUGGGACAGCGGGCCCCCACCGCCUACCUCUCCACAGCUAGAGAGCCCUCCGGGCCAGUGUGGCUGUUAUUCCUACUGAUCUGUUCUUUUCUUCGUUUUGAAUUUUGUUUUUUAAACCAAAACCAACAAGAGUUUCUUUUCUUCCCGGCCCUUUGGGGCUGAACCUGGGUCUGCAGACUGAAUGUACGGGGCUCCGCCCCACCCCGCCGGCUGCGGCCAGGGCCCACCCUCCGGGCCCAGGAGCCCCUCUCGGCCAAAGGCUCCCCUGGGCUCGAGCCCCCCCUGGCCGCCUCAGGAGAGAGUGCUUCCCCAUAGUUGCCCAGGAAUCUUCUUUGUUUAGAGGUACUUGUGUUGAUGACACGAAAACCCCGUGUAACGUGUAUGUGAGUGUGGGAACUGGAAGGUCUGGGGUGCGGGGGCGGGGGGCUGGCCGCGGGGCGGGGUCGGUACGUUUCCAUUUUCUCCGUGUGUGUGCGUGUGCAGCGUGCGUGUGGAUCAUGCCCCCCCCCCCCAUCAAGGUGGAGAGACUUCUGACCUUUGCUACCUCUUGACUUGAACAGGACGUGGUUGGUGAUGGCAGUCGUGGCCAUGACACUUGUUUUUUCCUCUGGGCCCUGUCAGCAGGGGCGCCUGCGUGUCUCGUGGGCGUCUGGCCUGCCGCCGCUCUGACCCGGCUCAGUGGGCAUGGGCGCUCCGCGCCUGAGGAGCAGGGCCCCUCCCCGCCUGGGUCCCAAGCCCCGGAGGGCUUGCCCUCCGGAGAGCAGCACAGUCAACCUGGCCGGUGCCUGGCCCCCUUCACCUUGGCACCUCUGGGCGGACUGGCAGCCACCAUGGGCUCACCCUGAGUCCCACCCCUGCCCUGGGCUCUGUUAACCUCAGACGUCUCCAGGGCUCUAGAGGCUCGCUCACAAGGCCGGGCCAAGGUCACGAGGUCGGCCCACUGUCCUCAGCCAGCUGCAGCCACAGGGCUGGACCAGCGGCUUUAUCUCCUUCAUUUUGCUUCCUGGUUUUAUUUCUUCUCUUUUCUUUCUACUUUAAUUUCAGACCAAAAAUUCCGCAGUCAUCCCUUCCCCCCUCCAGAGACCCUCCAGCUGAAACCAGGGACCCGGGUGGAGGGCGUGGGGAGUGAGGGGGCUUGGGCCACGUGGGGCCUUGCUGAGCCUGCUGCCGUCCCCUCUGGGGACGCCUGUUCCAGCAAGUCAGGCAGGACCCCCCAGCCUCUCUGCUCGCCCUCCCCCCCCCCCCCCCCCAUCAGCACUUAAGCCACACGACAAAAGUCUGUAGCGGGAGCUGCACACAGGCCCGUGGGCGCGGCCCGGUGAAGCAGGUGGUUCAGGGCAGAGCUUCAGGGACGGGGCAUAGAGGCCCUCAGGCGACCUUCGUGCGACGUAGUAUUGUACCCACCUGAGUAUUGUAUCGAGCCUUCUCUGUAUUUUAACAAGAAAGCAAAACACUAGUUUCUUAUUUAAGACAUUAAGGGUUUGUGGGGCGGGGUGGGGUUCACAGGACGCUUGACUUGCUCUCCUUUUCCCUUGGUUUCACAUGGAGUGUGUGCUCGUGCGUGUGUGUGGAUGCGUGUCAGAGCCUCACCAGGAGAUUAGGCCACUGGAGGCCCAGGGCGGCUUACAGUUCUCUGCUUUAGUCACUUAAUUCCUGAAUGUUUCGGAGAACAGGAAACAAUAGCAGAUAUGUAGGAAAGGAUUUAAAAAAAAAGAAAAGAAAAAAAAAGCUCACACCCAAAUUCACAAAAGCUAUUUUUUAAACCAAAGCACAUUUUGAAUGCAUAUGGAACCUCAAUGGGCUCAGAAAAAAAGAUACUAAUAUAUUUAUCUCAUUGUUUACAUAAACUUUUACAGUUUCAGACCUCAGCAGCUGUAAGGCCAGUCCCAGUGAGUCCCCACCUUCCGCUCGAGGCCCUGAGUCGGCCCGGAGGGCUCACGGGCAGGGGGGCCACCGGCGGGGAGGAGGGGGCGGGCGGCUUGGAGGCCCCGUCUUCGCGGAGCCCUCCUCCCAGCCCAGCUGGCACCAAAGAGCCGGGGCCGGUGCCGACCGGCCCCCGGGCCUCCUGGCCAGGCCAAGCGGUCCCGGCCUGCUCGCGCGGCAGGGCGACCUUGCCUGUGGCCGCAGGACUUGAGUCUGGGCUUGGGCCCUGGGAUGGAGGUGCAUCCCGUCCCGCUGCUCUGCCCGGGAGACCCCCGGUGGGUUGAUGUGAGGGUCCCUCUCAAGCCAAAAAGCCAGGACCUUCGCACGGCUCCGCGGCGACUCCGGCGGUCCGGCUGUGGGAAGGCUAACUGGGCCGGUCUUUACCGACACAGACGGUGCGAACACUCGGGACAGUGUUGCUUUUGUAUCAAUAUGUUUGUGCAGUGAUGAAUGUAUUUAUUUCUCAGACUGGGGCGAGCGGCAGGCCGGGCUCCGCCACGCCACGCACGCUCCCCCGCGAGACCGAGCCUGCCGCCGAGGCUCCUCCAGGAUUGCAAAAAAAAGAAGACGGACCGUUAAGCAGAUCUGAAUCUCAGAGACGCGCAGCAUAGCCAUACACCUCAGCCUGUGAAUCGGACACUCGACCCAGAACCUCACGCAGCCGGGUGUGUUCCCGGCGGCCGCCACCCGGGGGCGCCGGCUGUCCGCCAGCCCCACCCGUCAGUAUUCACUGGACUGGCCGCUACAGGAGUGCGAUCGACCGGGGGGCGGGCGGACCCCGGCAGCCAUCCCGGGCCGGGGCGAGGCUUGGGCAGCCAGGAGGGCAGGGCCGCCCACCCUUCCCUGCGGCUUGGGGACGAAAGCAGAGGCUCCAGGCCUUUGGCGGUGCCCCGUGCAGGGACCAAGGCUCCCGCUCCCCCGGGCAGCGGUGGUCACCGAGCCCGCAAAUCUGAUGCCUGGAGGGGUGGAGCAGACCCGCCCAGAGCCCGGUUUGACAUUCCACGUCAGGGGGUGGGGGUACGCCAUGGGAGUCGAGGCUGCCCGGGACCCCUGGCUUGUCACCCCACUGCGACUUUCUACCGGGAGCCCCUCCCCCUACCUCACCUUGCUAUUUAUUGCUGUAAUUUAUUGACCUCAAAUAUGCUGCAUAACAGACCUCACUCGGGCAGGGAGGGUCCCCGGGGCUCCUCCCCGCCGCUCGGCGGGGCCCCAUGGGGCCAGGUGCUGAGGGGACCCCCUGCCCCCACCCACCACUUGCUUCCCUCUCCCCCACUGGGGGAGCCCAGGUUGGGCGCUGGCCCAUUCACAAAUACCUCGUCGGAUAGGGGGGAUGGGGUUUCGCUGUUUCUUGACCGGGAACUGGAGGCGGACUCACGUCCCGCUAGGCGCCCUUCCCAGGAAGGGGGCGCGCGAUCGCACUCCUGUGCUGGCCACUGCCGCUGUCAGGCACCACACUGCCCUCACCUCCUUCCAGAGUCUGGAUAAUUCAGGUCAGAGCUGGGGGUGCGCAGCCCUCCAGUAUCAUAAAGCUGGUCACUGAUGUCUCCAUUCAGAGCGUGCAGUCUUAAUGUACAGUGACGAGAUACUGUUAUUUUAUGAUCUUUUCAUUAAAAGUUUGAUUCGAAA